AUCGCGAUGACGUUCGGUUGAGAGCGGUGGUUUGUCGGUGCGGGUCGCGUAGUCUUGCGAAUAAUUUGUGAGAUAAUAAUUAUUUCCGAAUCCACCGGCGUUUAAGCCACCGCGCUUCGCCAUGGCGGACGAGGAGAAUAAUUGUGAUGAGGGUGGUGGUGAGAUGAAAGCGGAGAGGCGAUGCGGCUGCGAGGCCGCAAGGGUGCCCUGAAGAAGAAGAAUGUUUACCUGGUGAAGGACCACAAGUUCAUGCCGAGGUUCUUCAAGCAGCCGACGUUCUGUUCGCACUGCAAGGAUUUCAUAUGGGGCUUCGGAAAACAAGGCUUCCAGUGUCAAGUGUGCAGUUUCGUCGUACACAAGCGAUGCCACGAGUAUGUGACUUUCACGUGUCCCGGCGCCGACAAAGGGGCCGAUUCCGACGACACACGCACGAGACACAACUUUCGCGUUCACACAUACUCGUCCCCAACGUUUUGCGACCACUGCGGCUCGCUGCUGUACGGGCUCAUACACCAGGGCCUCAAAUGCCAAGCAUGCGACAUGAACGUGCACAAGCGGUGCGAGGAGUCGGUGCCGAACCUGUGUGGGUGCGACCACACCGAGCGCCGCGGACGCAUACAACUCGCCGUUUCGUGCCAGGGGAACAAGCUCACUGUCGAAGUCAAGCAAGGCCGCAACCUGAUCCCGAUGGACCCGAACGGCCUGUCUGACCCAUACGUCAAGAUGAAGCUGAUCCCGGACUCGGAUAACGUGAAGAAAAAAACCAAGACGAUCCGCAGCACGCUGAACCCGGUGUGGAACGAGACGCUGAACUUCGACCUUAAGGCCGAAGAUAAGGAUCGGAGGCUGCUCAUUGAGGUGUGGGAUUGGGACCGCACCUCCCGCAACGACUUUAUGGGUUCGCUGUCCUUUGGGAUCUCCGAGGUGAUGAAAGCACCGGCUGAAGGUUGGUUCAAACUCCUUACCCAAGAAGAGGGAGAGUUCUACAACGUGCCAGUACCUGAAGAGGGUACUGACCUUGCUCAGCUCAAGAACCAGAUGAGAGCCACUAGUGUGGGCGCUCGUAGGGCUCCUCCACCGCCUGAUCGAGAGGUUCCCCAUAACAUGGCUGCAGCUGACGUCAUUAGAGCAUCGGAUUUCAACUUUAUUAUGGUGCUUGGCAAAGGAUCUUUUGGUAAGGUAAUGCUGGCUGAACGGCGUGGCACCGACGAGCUGUACGCGAUCAAGAUCCUGAAGAAGGACAUCAUCAUCCAGGACGACGACGUGGAGUGCACUAUGGUGGAGAAGCGGGUCCUCGCGCUCAGCAGCAAGCCACCUUUCCUCGUGCAGCUGCAUUCUUGCUUCCAGACUAUGGACCGGCUGUACUUCGUGAUGGAGUAUGUGAACGGCGGCGACUUGAUGUUCCAGAUACAGCAGUGCGGCAAGUUCAAGGAGCCCGUCGCUGUUUUCUACGCAGCAGAAAUUGCCAUCGGUCUUUUCUUCCUGCACUCCCGCGGGAUCGUGUACCGCGACCUGAAGCUGGACAAUGUCCUCCUGGACCAAGACGGCCACAUCAAGAUCGCCGACUUCGGCAUGUGCAAGGAAGGCAUCACCGGCGACAAAACUACCAAGACCUUCUGCGGCACUCCCGAUUAUAUCGCCCCAGAGAUCAUCUUGUACCAGCCGUAUGGGAAGUCCGUGGACUGGUGGGCGUAUGGUGUGCUGCUGUAUGAGAUGUUGGUGGGCCAGCCGCCGUUCGAUGGAGAAGAUGAGGAGGAACUGUUUGCUGCGAUUACUGAUAACAGCGUGUCGUAUCCGAAGACUUUGAGCAAGGAGGCGAAGGACGCGUGCAAGGCGUUCCUGACGAAGAACCCGUCGAAGCGGCUCGGCUGCGCGGCGCGCGGCGAGGAGGACGUGCGCACGCACGCCUUCUUCCGCCGCAUCGACUGGGCGCGCAUCGAGGCGCGCGACGUGCAGCCGCCCUUCAAGCCCAAGAUCAAACACCGCAAGGACGUGUCGAACUUCGACAAGCAGUUCACGCAGGAGAAGACCGAGCUGACGCCGACCGACAAGCUGUUCAUGAUGAACCUCGAUCAGACCGAGUUCAUGGGCUUCUCCUUCCUCAACCCUGAGUUUGUGCAGCAUGUGUGAACGGCUAGGGUCUGGCAUCUCUUCACAUUGACGCUGGCUCAGUUCGCGGCUGACGACAUUGAGUUCAAGCUAUCCUCUGCAUCUAUCGACUGUCUCUGUCACUCAUACGACGCCGCUCGUUCGCUGUCUCGUUCAUUCUCGAUCUAAUGUUAAGUUCGGAACACGGUCUGUCAUCUUGGUAUGAAGGCAAAGGAGUAUCUUUAGAGAAACCGUAGGUAUUAGGGAGGAGGAUUUUUUUAUUGCUCAUUCCCGUUUUUUAAGGUCACUUUUAUUUAUAAUGUUCACAGACCAUCCAGUACGACAUGACUUUAUUAUAAUUAUUUUAAUAAAAAUUAAAAAAAAAAGCGAUGGUGUUAAGGAUCAACGAAUUUCGCUAAGCAAUAUUAAAAGGAAUAGAUAUCAUUGAUGUUUUGUAGGCUCUCUAAUUAAUAUAAAAAAAAUUGUGUUCCUUUUGUUUGAAGAUUUCUACUCUACAAGGAAUCUCAAUUUACUCGAAUGAUCAAAGUUUUGCAAUAAUUUUCAAUUUGUUUGUUUCGAUUGGAGAAGUCGGUGGUAAAACCUUAAAAAAUCGAUUGCAAUCGAGUAAAAUUUUUAUGUAAUCGAUUUAUCGAUAACGUUUAUCGAUUUUGUUUGGAUUAUCGUCACAUAUCAAUGUUAUUUGUGUGUCGUGUCGUGUGGAUGGAUGUCGUUAAUGUUAGCUUCACACCCCUAGCCUUGUGAAGCGACUAUUUCGAAUCUCGUCAUUGUAGUUAGUCGAUUAUUGUUGUUUGUCUCUGGCUCGCGGUUUUUUCUCCCUCAAUCAUUUCGUCCAGAGACAAUUUUUUUUAAAUACGGCUUUCAUAAGGCUGUAUCAUUAAGUUUUCAUUGUCUAUGGUAACACGUUGAUUUAUUUUUAAGGGUACGUUCACUAUGGUGAUUGCAUUUUUAUGAUGUAUGAUCUAAUCAUGUAUCGUGUGAGCUUGACUGUCUGCUUCGUGUGCGUUGAAUGGUUACUCGUUCGUAUUCGUGUGUUUGUGUGUGUGGUUUUAUUUUUAUACGAUUGUAAGGAUAUUAGAUGGUGGAUAUUUCAUCUUUUUGCCAUUCUAGAACAAAUUAUUCUUACAUAAAAAAAAUCUUGACUUACUAAUAUUCUUCUAUGCCCACCUAAUAUCUUUACAUAUCGUCAAACAGCUCACGGCUGUCCAGUAAAUAGCCUUACUAACUUAAUAAUAAUGCUAAUAAAAUACAUAAUAUAAAAUUGUAAACACUCUUACUAGAUUAAAUCGAUGUGUAUUAAAUAAAAUGAGAAAGCAUUUGAUUCUAAAUUCAAUUGUAAUAAAAUGACAUUUUUAGAUAAUUAUAAUUUAUUUAAGCGCUUGUUUAAUUCGGGAUUUUAUUGGAAAUUAACUCUUGGUGAGUAAUUGUAGUGUGUUUGUUGAAAUUGCAUCAAAUAACUAUGUUUUCUGCUUUUGCAAGUUACGCGGAUUCAUAAUCUUUCGAUAUUUCUCUGCGUAGUUUUCACGUUUUUAAAUUUUCUCGUUCGUAUUCAAGCGAGUAAAUUUCGUUUGCUCGUAAGAAUUUCUGAUCACGAAGACACCAUUUUAUUAUCUACCUUCGUAAUAUAAUUCUGUUUGACGUCAUAGGACGUUAUUCAAAUAUAUAGUAAUAUGCUAUUUGUCUAUUGUAGAACAUAUAAACCCAAAAUUUACCUUCAUUUGUGACUUUCGUUGAAUUGUCAGUCUGCAUAAGGCUUCUUUAUCCAUUAUCCAUGUACAAGUUCUUUGCAAAUAAUUUGAUAUAAUUAAUUUUCAUAGCCGUAAAUGGAUGCAAUUUCGACUAACAAAAUAUCGCUUCAGAAAAUUUUGAUCGCACUUUCUUUUAGCGAAUUAUUAAAUUAAAGAUCUUGAUAAUUAAAUGAGCAACCUGUUCAAUGAAUGGGGUCGAAACGGUAAUAUUAUGUAUCAAUUAUUUUAACUCAAUAAACGUCUAUAUACGUUCAGGGCAGUACUAUAUGCAGAGAAAAAAGUACUCCAUUUCAUCUUAAACCGAAAAAUCAGCCCACAAUUAGACCUCUUUAGUGGAUUAAGAGUGGGGCGGUAAAAACAGGGCUGAUAUUAAACCAACUUAUAACCCUUUUGAAAACAAAGAUAUGAGAAGGUCGCAUAAGUCGUGAGAAAUGUUACUAUUUCAGCCUCCAUUUUUGAACAGCUUGUGAAGAGUUACACUUCAAUGAUUCCCACGUUUUUGUCGUGUGCACCCGCCGUUUAUUCCACGGCUAUGAUGUAACACAAUUUAUUAGAUACAUUACUCAUUUCAAUUCUUUUUUAGGCUUAAGUAAUAUUUUAAGGAUAUAUAGCUGGCUCAUUUUCAUAGAUUUGUGAAUUAUAUUUUACUUCUAACCAGUGUGAAAAUCCAGAUUUAUUUCAAUUAGUCGUCAUUGGGCCUAUCGUAGCAUGGCGACUUGUCAAAAUGACGUUUCGUUGUCAAUGUCACUUUGAUAGCAAAGUGAGAUUAAAAAAAAAGAAAGUAGGUUUUAUUUUGUAAGAAAAUGAGCCGGCUCCUAGGGUAAGUAUCAGCUGGAGAGGGAGUCAACGUAGUGGCGCUAACCCCCGCCCCACGGACCCAUGGACGUAUGGACAUUCCACGUAAAUUACCUCUAAUAGAUAUACGAAAGAUAACUGUCUCCUUUACAUAGUUUUCAGUCUCUAAACUCUCAAUAAAUAGUCAAUAUUGAGAAACUCAGAUUCACCUUGUUUAACCCAUUUUCCAUCGGAAUGAUUGGAAUGUUAGCCGGCUAACAUGACAGCUACAUGACAUUACGCGUGUCACGGAAAAAUAACUUUAUCAUGUAAUGAAUAAUAAGGUUAUAUUCCUGUGACGUGUAGCUGUCAUGUUAGCCGGCUAUCAUGUCAAGCAUUAAGUAGUUAAGAAUAAUUAUAUCUAUUAGAUGUAAUUUAUGUGGUUCGUACGUCCAACGCACCACCCGCCACCCCUAUACUUAUUGGGAACAUUGUUUUGACACAGUCACCCUCACAUACUCCUCUAAGAAAUCAACUUGAUAUAAAGUUUCAAAUACUACAUCGUCGAUCUUACUGUGAGCAAGUUAUCAUUUCAAACUUGUAACUCUGAAUUCUGCUAUUACUGUAAAGAAAGGUUAACACGAAACUUGACUGCUGCAGUCAGAACUUGUUAGGUGAAGGUCGACGCCUUUAUUACCGCUCUUUUAAGUCCAAUUUAUACCAUUUAUCAACUUUAUCCACAUAAGAUUCCAAUCCAGGGUCGUCCUAAGACAAUAUUAGUUAUUAACCCAACUUAGCUAUAACUUUUAACUUGAAUACUCGAUACACGGAACAAUGUUCACAAGAAGUGUACACCCAGCUAGAGGUUAUUUAGGUAAAAGCUUAAACUCUUCCCAUUUAAACGCUUAAAAUAGUGUUACUUUGCUUAUUAUUAAGAAUCUUUUAAUAAGUAAGAACAUAAAGUCACUAAAAUAGUAACUUAUAUUUAUUCUUCAAAGUGCUAAUUUUAGUUUCGGAUUAAAUUUUUUGUAAGCAUUUCUUCUGGUUUGUAAGAGCUGUGACCAAAUGACAUUUUCAAUUUUAAUGUUGGCAAUAUUAUCGAUGCGUCUUAUUAGCUGUCAACACUGUGGUUUAAUAACCAGCUCUUGAGAACUACAAAAAAGUAUUCUUAACACCAAAUGUUCUUAGAUACGCCAUUAUUGAUAAAAAUAUAUUUUAACUUAUGUUUUCUGAUUAUAGUGUCUGCUAGCUUACGCCUUUUGAAAUCCUAUUUAAGGGCACAUUGUAUUAUUAGGCUUUUGCUUGUCGUACUUUUCUGUCAGAGUGACAUGUGUCACGGUGGCAUACGUCACUGUCAAUGUCACUUUGACAGUCGGAGCGGUGACCAAUCACCUAGUAUGUAGCUCCUUACUCUGACUUGGUCAGUAAUAUUUUUAAAAGUUUGUGAAACUUAUAGCGUAUUUAAUCAUCAUUAAUAUAAGGAUCUCGUUUGUAAAUAAGGCAUAAGACAUAAUUUAUUUGUUGGGCAUACCGCCCGUGUCUCAAUGUAGUAUCUCUAUCACUAUUAAAUAUUGCCUGAAAUACGAAUUCGAGGCAUCUGGUAUUGGUCUGUAAGCAUUUUCUAACUCGAAGCGAAUCUUAAGUCAUUCAUUCAAGUCAGGUGUAACUUCAAUUGUUUUCCCUUGCCUCGUGCAGGAACUGUACCUUUGAUUUAAUGGCCGACACUAAAAUAUUUUAAAUAAUAGUUGUGUGUUCAGUGAGAAUUAGUUUUUAAUUCAAGAUAUUAUUUAGAGAUUUAGAAUUAAUAUAUUGUAGCGUUAGGUUGCUCUUACAGAAAUCUCUUCGUUUCCAUUACAUGUAUUUUGACGUUUGCUAGAAAUGAAAUAUUCUUGCUACGAAUUUGCUAUAAGAGAACUUGAAGUUGUUUAAAAUAUUAUCUGUUAAAAUCAUAAACUAUGAACACUCUAGCUCGUACCAUAGAGUAUAAAACUGACACUGCCUUCCAUACAGACGAUGUGGUCAUAAAUAAUAAGUCAUAACUCACUUAUAUCAAAUUCGCAGCAAAUCAUUCGUGUGUUUUUCAAAAGUUUCGAAACAAUUUUAAUAUCGAGAUGUUAGACACGUUCAUUGAAUAAUAUCUCAUAAAAUUAUAGGCCUAAAGUCACUUUUCUGAUAGCGUAAGCCCGUAGUUGAUACAGGACUUAGUAUACUCUUUUUAUUAAUACAUUUUACUAAUUCGAAAUGUUUUAAAGUUUUACAUUGACGAUGUUGUAGCUCGUUGCACCGUCACUUGUGCCAAAACUAAUUUGUACAUAUUUUCCAUUUUGAAAUUUAGCUGUUAUACUAUGCAAGGCAAUUCAGCGGGAUAUAUAUAUUGUGUUAAUUGAAUAUAGCUGUUUAAGGCGUAAAAAUUUAAAAAAUUACAUUUCGAUAACGUCCAAUUUAUUUGAAAGCCAUAUUCCAUUAUCAUUGAUGAUUGUAAUUGGUCUUCUUUGAAUGUAUUUAAAUUUAAAAUUCAUAUAAUCGCUGAUAAAACGCAAUAUUAUAUCACUCAUUUAGCAAAUUUUGCACUGUUUCCUAUUAGACAUAAUGACACUAAUGCUAUGUUUUUGCAUAUUUAUUCCAAUAUAGUUACAAUUUGUCGGUUUUAAAUACAAUUAACGCUUUCUGUUAAAAAAAAAGCUUCAAUAUGUCAUUUGACGUCACUUGUCAAAAUUACGCAAAAGUAAAUUCGAUAUAAUCUUGGUGCAACACUAAAUUGUCAAAGGUAAAUGUUUUCUUCGUUCCACUAAUCACAAUUUUAUUCGGUUUAUAAACACAACUGUGAUACGUCAUCACUUCACGCGUCUCGAGGGAGAAUACGUCAGAACUUCAUAGUUAUUUUAUGACACCAUCAAUGAGAUUUAAUAUUAGUUCGUAUUAUUUAAGAAUCAAUGUGCCAAAAGUAGUUUAUUUCGAUUCAUAAUAUAAUUUACACUUAUUAUUCUGGUGUAUUCUUCUUCGUAUGGAUUUUGGAGUCCAAAGGCUACGCAUAGGUACAGGUUAAAUAUCAGGGUAAAACAUACAGCCUAUAUUAAUAUUUUUGUAGACCGGAAAGAUGUAUUUUAACGUGAAACGGAAUGGACAUGCGGAUUUAGAACAUUGCAAUGUAUCGAUAUAGGUAAAGAAAAACAUCACAUGUACAUAUAUUAGUUUCCAAAUUUACAUGAAAUUCAAGAAAAACCCAUCACUGUACCUGAACGCGACGCCAUUUUGUAAAGAUCCAUCAAAAGUGCACUUUCCUAAUUUAUUUUUAAUCUAUCGCAAUCGUCUCACACGUGUAUUUUAAUAAUAAAAAUUGAAUUUUAACCAUUUUAAUAAAGCGUGUAUCGGUUUGUGCGUAAAUUUUUUCUUACCAAAGCGUUAUUUGAAAUUUCCGCACGGAACGAUAUAUUUGAGAUUUUAUUGCAUAUUCUAUUAAUAUUGUUAGAGUAGUAAACAGUAUUUCGAUUUGUAGCGUUAAAUUCGUCAUUUUCAAAAUGUAACAUUGUCAUUUUUCGAUUUGGAAGCGAUGGUCACCACGGAGCGAGAGAGGCGGCGCGCCCGCCGAUGUAGAAUGGAGUUUUUUCGAAAGUAAAUAUCGAUUGUACUCAACAAUAUAAAUUUCUAAUCCAUUA